AUGGGAUCCAAAAGCCCCGAAGGCCACCAGCAGCAGGCAAAUGGCGGCGACACUGCCUUCAAGCCAGCCAACCCGGACUCCAAAGGCCGCCAGAACGGCUCGAGCUCCGCCGAUUUGGACCGCGGGAUGCUCGACGGCGGCGACGACGACGAGGACGAUGAUGAUAGCCAGGGUGAAGCCGGGGUAGGAGAAGCCGCCGCGGUUGAGAAGAAAAAGAAACGCAAGUCUAAGAAGAAGAAGAAGUCUAAAUCCAAGGGGAAUCUCGAGCAGACCGUGCCUCCGACUAUCCCCUUGGCGAAGUUCUAUCCUGCCGCCGAUUACCCACACGGCGAGUUUAUUCCGUAUGACAAAGACGAGAAUCUGGCUCGGACGACUGGCGAGGAAGAGCGCUACAACUCUCGUGUUUGGGAUGAGAACUUCCUCCAAGAUUAUCGUCACGCUGCGGAGAUUCAUCGCCAGGUUCGCCAGUAUGCGCAGAAGGAAGUCAUCAAGCCCGGCGCGAGUUUCUUCGCCAUCACCCAGGCGAUUGAGGAGGGUGUUUACAACCUCACCGGUCAUCAGGGCAAGGAGACGGGCGAUGUGCUGAAUGCCGGGAUGGGCUUUCCGACGGGUCUCUGUGUCAAUGAGGUCGCUGCGCACUGGACGCCUAACCCAGGUGGCAAGGAUAUCAUCCUGCAAGCUGAAGAUGUUCUGAGCGUCGAUUUUGGCGUCCAUGUCAAUGGCCGCAUCGUCGACUCCGCCUUCACUGUCACCUCCAACCCGACCUAUGACCCACUCCUCAAGGCCGUCAGAAACGCCACGAACACCGGCAUCGCUCACGCCGGGAUCGACGCCCGCAUGAAAGAAAUCGGCGCCGCGAUCCAGGAGGUCAUGGAGAGUUACGAAAUUGACGUGGGAGGUGGCAAAGUCCUGCCAGUCAAGGCGAUCAACAACAUCACCGGCCACAACAUCCUGCAGUAUCGCAUCCACGGCGAUAAGCAGAUUCCGUUCGUGAAGAACAACAGUCGGCAGAAGAUGGAGGAGGGCGAGGUGUUUGCCAUUGAGACGUUUGGGAGUACGGGGAGGGGAUACAUCAAUGAUGAUAUUGGCAUCUACGGCUACGCACGCCAGGAAGGUGUUUCUGCCAAGCAUCUACACAACGCCUCUGCGAAAGCCCUGCUGAAGACGAUCGAAGCCAACUUCGGCACUCUGCCGUUCUGCCGUCGCUACCUCGAGCGUCUCGGUGUCGAGAGAUACCAUUUGGGAAUGAAGCAGCUAAUCGACAACGGCAUCGUCCAGGACUACCCACCCAUGGUGGAGAAGAAGGGCUCGCACGUCGCGCAGUUCGAACAUACCAUCUUGCUCCACAGCGGUGGCAAGGAGGUGAUCAGUCGUGGCGAGGACUACUGA